AUGACUCGAAGUUGCUCUGCAGUGGGCUGCAGCACCCGUGACACCGUCCUCAGCAGAGAGCUCGGCCUCUCCUUCCACCAUUUUCCAACGGAUACCAUACAGCGCUCAAAGUGGAUCAGGGCUGUUAAUCGUGUGGACCCCAGAAGUAAAAAGAUUUGGAUUCCAGGACCAAGUGCUAUACUGUGUUCCAAACAUUUUCAAGAAAGUGACUUUGAGUCAUAUGGCAUAAGAAGAAAAUUGAAGAAAGGAGCUGUACCUUCUGUUUCUCUAGACAAGGUUCCUCAAGCUGCACACCUUAAAGGUAAAGCAAGACAGAAAAUUCUAAGGCAGACACUUCCAGAUAAUUCUGAAGAGGUUACUACCGAGGACCAUAACUAUAGUUUAAGGAGACCCUUGACAGAUGGUGCAGAGAACCUAGCUGAAGUGCAACAAAUGUUACAAGUAUCUAAUAAAAGACUUAUUUCAGUAACAGACAACAGUAUAAUAAAGAAAACAAAGAGCUUAAAAUUAAUUGACACACUUGUAGAAGAGAAGCUACUUUCUGAAGAAACAGAAUGUCUGCUACGGGCACAAUUUUCAGAUUUUAAGUGGGAGUUGUAUAACUGGAGAGAAACAGCUGAGUAUUCCACAGAAAUGAAACAAUUUGCAUGUACACUCUACUUAUGCAGUAGCAAAGUCUAUGAUUAUGUAAGAAAGAUUCUUAAGCUACCUCAUUGGUCCAUUCUCAGAACUUGGUUAUCCAAGUGCAAACCCAGUCCAGGUUUCAACAGCAACAUUUUUUCUUUUCUUCAACGAAGAGUAGAGAAUGGAGAUCAACUGUAUCAGUGUUGUUCACUGAUAAUAAAGAGUAUCUCUCUUGAGCAACAACUUCAGUGGGACCCCAGCAGUCACCAUUUACAAGGAUUUAUAGACUUUGGUCUUGGCAAAUUUGAUGCUGAUGAAACACCACUCGCCUCAGAAACUAUUUUGUUAAUGGCAGUAGGUAUUUUUGGUCAUUGGAGAACACCUCUUGGCUAUUUUUUUGUAAACAGGGCAUCUGGAUAUUUACAAGCUCAGCUGCUUCGCCUGGCUAUCGGCAAACUGAGUGACAUAGGCAUCACAGUACUGGCUGUUACAUCAGAUGCUACAGCUCACAGUGUUCAAAUGGCAAAAGCAUUGGGGAUAUGUAUCGAUGCAGACAACAUGAAGUGUACAUUUCAGCAUCCUUCAUCUUCUAGUCAACAGAUCGCAUACUUUUUUGAUUCUUGCCAUUUGCUCAGAUUAAUAAGAAAUGCAUUUCAGCAUUUUCAGAGCAUCCAUUUUCUUGAUGGUACGGCACGUUGGCAACACCUUGUGGAAUUAGUAGCACUAGAGGAACAGGAAUUAUCAUGUAUGGAAAGAGUCGCAAGUAAAUUUCCAAAUUUGAAAAAUCAUGUAAUAAAAAUUAAUUGUGCUGCCCAAAUCUUCAGUGAGAGUGUUGCCAGUGCAUUAGAAUGUUUCCUGUCAGCAGGCCUGCCUCCUUUCCAAAACUGUAUUGGUACCAUCCAUUUUUUACGCUUAAUUAACAAUCUGUUUGAUGUCUUUAAUAGUAGAAACUGUUACGGAAAGGGACUUAAAGGACCACUACUGCUUAAAACUUACAAUAAGGUAAAUCACCUAUUAACAGAAGCCAAGACUAUUUUUGUUUCUUUAUGUGAUACUAACAAUAACCAAAUAAUUAAGGGUAAGCGAAAAUUGGGAUUCCUGGGAUUUUUGCUUAAUGCUGAGAGCUUAAAUUGGCUUUAUCAGAAUUAUAUUUUCACAAAGGUCAUGCCUUUUCCCUAUCUUCUUACUUACAAAUUUAGUCAGGAUCAUCUGGAAUUCUUUCUAAGAAUGCUUAAGCAAGUACUAGUAACCAGUUCAAGCCCUACUUGCAUGGCAUUCCAAAAAGCUUACAAUCAUUUGGAGACUAGUUACAGAUUUCAAGAUGAUAUUUUCCUAAGUGAAGUAAGCAUCCUUGACAUUUCAGUUGCUCGAAGGUCAGACUUGACCCUUUGCACAGUUCCACAUCAGUAUGGUGGCAGCGUUACAAAGGCUCUUUUUCAUAAGGAGGACAUUUUCCACGACUGGUCAAAUUGUUCACUGACUGAGGCAUUACUGGACCUGUCAGAUAAUAGGCGAAAUCUCACAUAUUGUGCUGGCUAUAUUGCUAAUAAGUUAUCAGCUCUUUUAACUUGUGAGGAUUGUAUCACUGCUUUGUAUGCAUCAGAUGUCAAAGCCUUUAAAAUUGGGUCACUGUUAUAUGUUAAGAAGAAGAAUGGUUUGUAUUUCCCUUCAGAAAGUCUAUGUCAUGUCAUAGAUAUUUGUGAGCAAGUUAUAAGAACCCAUUCAAAGAUGGUAAUUUGUAAACACGUUCCUAAAAUGAGGGACUUGUAUCUUCAGCAGAAAAUAUUAUGUGAGCUUUCUGGGCAUAUUAAUCUUUUUGCACAUCUAGAUGAGCAUCUCUUUAAUGGAGAAGUGUGUGCCAUCAACCACUUUGUAAAGUUGUUAAAGGAUAUAAUAAUUUGCUUUUUAAGUAUCAAAAUUAAAGAUAUACCUCAGUAUCCUUUAAAACACCGUUCAGAAAUAAUUGAAAUAAAAACUUUAUCAUAGAACACUAAACAACCUUUACAAGAUUACAAAUGCUAAAGUUUUAAAACCAAUAAAUUCAGGCAUUUGCUAAAUAAAUUGUUAUCUAUUCAAAUGAGAGUCCUAAAAUUUAUUAAAAUUUUUCCUAAAAAUAGUCAACAUGGUUCUAUUUUUAAAAUUUGGCUUACCAUUAUCUUAUAA